AUUCUUCACACCUCUCCCUUUCAUCGUCUACCCUUCUCUACCUAGAGUCAAGCAUCGUCUUGAACCAUCACACGCAGCGCCAUACAAGAAUCAAACAAUCCCACAAUGGCUCCAGCUACCGCAGAAAGCGCGUCCCCUAUUGGGAUUGCGAAUUUACCAAACCAGCGACACAAGAUUGUCGCAAAGAGAGGAGCAGCCUUCACUAUCAUGGUUGCUGGUGAGUCUGGACUGGGAAAGACGACCUUUAUCAACACUCUCUUCUCCACCACUAUCAAGAACUACGCAGACCACAAGCGCAGACACGCAAAGCAGGUUGACAAGACUGUCGAGAUCGAGAUCACAAAGGCCGAACUGGAAGAGAAGUUUUUCAAGGUCCGCUUGACCGUUAUCGACACACCUGGUUUCGGAGACUAUGUCAACAACCGUGAUUCAUGGAUGCCAAUCAUCGAAUUCCUGGAUGAUCAGCAUGAGUCUUACAUGUUGCAAGAGCAGCAACCCCGUCGUGUUGACAAGAUCGACCUCCGUGUUCACGCCUGCUUGUACUUUAUCAGACCCACCGGACACACCCUGAAGCCUUUGGACAUCGAGGUCAUGAAGAGACUGAGCUCCAGAGUCAACUUGAUUCCCGUUGUUGCGAAGGCUGAUACUCUCAGCCCAGCUGACUUGGCUCGCUACAAGCAAAGAAUUCGGGCUGUUAUUGAAGCCCAAGGUAUCAAGAUCUACACACCGCCCAUUGAGGAAGACGACGAGGCUGCCGCCCAGCAUGCACGAAGCCUGAUGGCUGCGAUGCCAUUCGCGGUCAUUGGCUCCGAGAAGGACGUUAAGACUAGCGACGGUCGCAUUGUCAAGGGCCGCCAAUAUUCCUGGGGUGUCGCGGAAGUCGAGAACGAGGAUCACUGCGAUUUCAAGAAGCUUCGCUCCAUCUUGAUCCGAACACACAUGCUCGAUUUGAUCCACACCACCGAAGAGCAACACUACGAAGCUUACCGUGCGGCGCAGAUGGAGACGCGAAAGUUCGGUGAAGCCAGGCCAAGAAAGCUCGAUAACCCCAAGUUCAAGGAAGAGGAGGAGAGCUUGAGGAAGCGAUUCACAGAGCAGGUCAAGAUUGAGGAACACCGAUUCAGACAAUGGGAGCAGAAGCUCAUCAGUGAGCGUGAUCGCUUGAACAAGGACUUGGAGAGCACACACGCUGCUAUCAAGGCCUUGGAGCAGGAACUUGAGCAGAUGCAGGGCAGCGCUAUCCGCAGCCACGGUCGUCGUUAA